AUGCAGCAAACUGACAAUCACACAGAGCACUCGGGAUUCCUUCACCGCCCCCAAAAAGCAAUCUACAAGCCUCAGCGCUUCGGCGAUGGCGAAUACAUCAUGGUCGACGACGACGGCUUGACCUCCAGCACGCUGAGAUGGAGCUGCUGCGACCGCGCCGAGGACGAGGCUCCUCGCGCAGCGGACUGGCACAACAUGAGCUUCAGCCGCGGCGACCCCUCGGUACGCAAGACCCAGCUCAACCCGGAGCCUCCCCCCUGCCCGCCGACAUACCAUGAGCACGAGGCUGGCGCCGCCGGAUGGAAAGGCUGGUACACGAUCAAGGACGGGGUCUUCCAGGGGCCGACGCACGAGUAG